AGUUGAACCAACGGGGCCAAGGAAAUGACUCAGCCUUGGGAGAAACCUUAGGCCAUCCUUCUUUAUGGGUCUUUUCCAACAACCUGCGCCGCAGCCAACGAAUGCGCCCAGCUCGAUCAAAGCUAGGCUGAAAACGGGGUGAUGGCCCCACCACUGCCCGGAACCCACCCGGACCCAUUCAAGAAGCGGAGAAGAUGCCUUAAGGUCAACCAUCGGCAACACUUAGCUCAUGCAUAGUGAGAAGUAACUAACAUCCCAAAUCAACUUGUUAUUUAAUCUGUUCAUCUUCCCUUCAUUUUCGGUCCUGCUAACGGUAUAUAUUCCAACUCUUCUCUUAUUCUCUGUAACCUUGUAUCAUCGACCACCCCGUCGGAACUUGUUUACGUCGAAAUAUUUGAGAAGAAAUCUACGCUUCACUGACCCGCAACCUUCUCUUGUUAUUUCCCCCACUCUCUGAAACAUAUCCAACAUGUCUGCCGAAGACUCAGUAGUAAACGGCAAGGCGCCCGCUCAGCCCGGCAGCCAUCAACACCGCUCCGGUCUUGUCAGUGUCCAACCCGCGCGCUUGGCCGAUCUGCAGCCGAGGUAUGCGCAGAGGCUGGAGCACGAUGCUGAGAAUCCGGAGGCUCAUGGGUGGUAUGCAGGCCUCAUUCAUUCACUUGGAGAAUGCAUUGGAUUCCUCGGUGCUAUCCCCUGCUGCAUCUGCUGCCCGAACCCCUAUAAGCCUGUAGCUCAAGGUGAAGUUGGUCUCGUGUCGAAGUUUGGACGCUUCGAACGUGCAGUCGACCCUGGCCUUGUUAAAGUCAACCCCCUGAGUGAGCACUUAACCGCAGUCGAUGUGAAAAUCCAGAUCGUCGAGGUGCCUCGUCAGGUCUGUAUGACCAAGGACAAUGUCACGUUGAACCUGACAUCUGUCAUCUAUUACCAAAUCGUCUCGCCCCACAAAGCUGCUUUCGGUAUCAGCAAUGUACGACAAGCGCUUGUGGAGCGCACUCAGACCACUUUGCGCCAUGUCAUCGGAGCGAGAGUCUUGCAAGAUGUGAUUGAACGCCGUGAGGAGAUUGCCCAGUCGACCUCGGAGAUCAUCGAAGACGUAGCAGCCGGAUGGGGUGUGCAGGUCGAGUCCAUGCUUAUUAAGGAUAUUAUCUUCAGCGAUGAUUUGCAGGAUUCGCUUUCGAUGGCGGCUCAGUCUAAGCGAAUUGGUGAGAGUAAGGUCAUUGCCGCUCGCGCCGAAGUUGAAUCGGCCAAGUUGAUGCGUCAGGCCGCUGAUAUUCUUUCCUCUGCUCCGGCUAUGCAAAUCCGGUACCUCGAGGCGAUGCAAGCGAUGGCCAAGACAGCAAACAGCAAAGUCAUAUUCUUGCCUGCCAUGAAUCAAAGCGUGCAGCAACAACUUGCCGCUGCUGACAAUGCCGGCGAGGGACCUAGCCGCUACGGAACCGGCAAUGUAGACGAUGGUUUUCAGCGCGCUAUGAACGCACGGGUGGUCGAGGAUAUUUGACGAAUGAAUCCUCCCAAAUCCCAAAGGAUACGAGAUAACUGAUUUUGAACGACAUACGGUAAUUCUGACUGAUUUUCAACUGCGUGUUUAUAAUGAUGAGGCCUUUCGCAGGCAGUUUCGUGCUUUUCUAUACCUCCUAAUCUUGGUUUCUUUUUGUUGUUUGAAUGGACUGACGAUACCCAUCCUCUUCCCUGUCUCUGCUUGGGUGAAGAUUGAGCUUGGUUGUGUGAUUAAUCAGAUAUAGUUUGCUAUUCAUUGUCAAUAAUUGAUAUGUCUCUCUUUGAGCCUGGUCAUCGUCGAGUCCUAAGUGUAAUCCAAGAAAUAAUAUAUUGAUUUCUGG